AAAAGAUAGUCGAGGUGCAAAUCCAGCUUGACUUCCUCUCGUUGCUCAAAUGGCGCCAUACGACAGUGAUUCUUCCGACGAGGAUGGCGACUAUUCGAAAACGAAUGUUCUCCUUGGCUAUGCCAGUACAGAUCCCACCGACGACGACGUCAGCCACGUUGGUGGCUAUCCUACUUGGUUAGAUGCCAAACAUCCUCCUCCAGCGACACUUGCAAGAUGCAAGGUCUGCAAUGGAUAUUUGUCGCUCCUGUUGCAACUCAACGCAGAUCUCCAGCAAUACUUUCCACGUGACGAACGUCGCCUACACAUAUUGUGCUGCAGAAAGAGAACCUGUUCAAAGAAAAUCGGUAGCGUGAGAGCUUUUCGAGAAGUCAAGAAGGGCGAGGUGAAGGAGAACAGCCAGAAGCAAGCGCCUCAACCGCAGCCUCAACAGUCACAACCGCCUCUUGGAAAUGCGCUGUUUGGCGGCUCCGCGGCACCACCAUCAACGGCGGGCACCAAUCCGUUCUCCAUGUCCGGGUCAUCGCAGCCUCCAGUGAACCCUUUCUCGUCUGUCGGCUCUCCUUCAACACUGGCGGCAAAACCUCCGCAACCUCCUGUCAACGAACCACAACCUCCCAUCGAGACGUUCGCAGACAAACUCAAGAUCUCGGGGGACUCAACCCCUCCUCGGACGAGCAAAGACCCUGUUGAACCUUGGCCCGACAACUCUGAAGCCGCCUCCCCCUUUCCGUCAUUCUAUCUAGACGCAUGGCCUGAAGAGCUGGAGAAGGAACAAGAGGAAAUCCCGGCCGCCGAGGCGUCAAAGGCGAAGUACGAUUUGGAUGAUAGCAGCAAUGGCGGUGCUUCUGAAAAGGAUGCGUUUGAAUCUACCAUGGAUAAAACAUUUCAAAAGUUCUCUGAUCGAAUAUCUCAAAAUCCAGAACAAGUCCUUCGAUAUGAGUACAAAGGCGAUCCUUUGCUUUAUUCGGGCGCAGACAAUGUCUCUUCGAGGUUUGUGGUACCGCACGGGAAGUCCGGCGCAGUCAGAGGCAUGCCCAGGUGCGAAGGUUGUGGUGCUCAAAGAGUUUUCGAGUUACAACUUGUGCCCGGAUUGAUUUACGAGCUAGAAAAGGAUGAAGUGAUGGAUUUAGACGAUGGAAUGGAAUGGGGCACAGUGAUUGUCGGGACCUGUGUGAACAACUGCGGCAUACCCGGGGAAAUCACCUUUCGUGAAGAGUGGGUGGGUGUGCAGUGGGAGGAGAGGGUGGUUAAGAAAUGACAUGAAGCACGGCGAUAGACAUAUUAUUGUCACUUUUCGAUCACAAUAAUUCCCGACCUUUGCAGUUCCAGCCCAAGUCGAUUCCGCCUGCUCGUGGGGAUCCAGAGUGGGUGAUGUUCGUG